CCCCAGAAUUCCCGCCCUCAGGGUGUGCGGAGGCUGAACAGACGUCCCUGCUAUUUGCAUAGCUCCUGGGACGUGGCGCAGCACUCAGGCCACUUCCGAGUUGAGGGAACUUCAUGUCCCAGAAUGCCAUGGCGGCGAGAUGUGCCAUAUGGAGCUGGCACUAGGCCCCACUGACCAGGACCUGCUGGAUUUUCUCCUAGAAGAAAGCGAAGAUUUGAGGGUGGCGCCCGAGGAGGCCGUGGAGGCUCCGCUGGACUGGGAGCGGCCACUCUCCGAGGUACUGAGUGAUUGGGAAGCGGAUGAGUUCCUGAGUUCCCUGCUAAGUCCCCCAGCAUCAUUAAAGGCUCUUAGCUCCUCCAUACCUUGCCCUGUCCAUCAUGAUCACAACUACUCCCUCCCACAAGAACAUGUCUCCAUAGAUUUAGACAGUGGGAUCUGUGAGAAGGAGGAAGCCCAGAUGACUCCACUGCAGGUGAAGGAGCCUGCAGAGCAGCCCCAGGAGAUUGAGAACCUUAUACUGACAGAGGAGGAGAAGAGGCUAUUGGAGAAGGAGGGGCUUACUCUGCCUGGGACACUGCCUCUCACUAAGAAGGAGGAACAAGCUCUGAAACGAGUGCGGAGGAAGAUUCGAAACAAAAAGUCUGCUCAAGAGAGUCGUAGGAAGAAGAAGGUGUACGUGGGAGGUUUAGAGAGCAGGAUCUUGAAAUACACAACCCAGAAUCUGGAAUUACAGAACAGAGUGCAGCUCCUGGAGGAAGAGAAUAUGUCCCUUCUGGAUCAGUUGAGCAAACUCCAGGCCAUGGUGAUUCAGAUAUCAAACCAAACCAGCAGUAGCAGCACCUGUGUUCUGGUCCUACUCUUCUCCUUCUGCCUCCUCCUUGUACCUGCAAUGUACUCCUCUGACAUAAGGAGGAGCCUGCCAACUGAGCACAGAGUGUUGUCCCGCCAGCUUCGAUCCCUCCCCAGUGAGGACCCUCACCAACUGGAGCUGCCUGCCCUGCUGUCAGAGGUACCAAAGGACAGCACAAACCAGUUGCUGAACAACUCGGACCAUUUCCUCCAGGUCCCUGGCAACUCUUGCUGCUUCUUGAACCAUGUGGCUCAGGAUCCUGGCGCAGAGCCUCCCCUGAAGCUGACUCUCUCUGACCCCUUCUCGAUGCACUCCUGCCUAAGUCCCAUCCUCCCACAGCAGACAAAUCUCACAAGAAAGGGGGGAUGGCUCCCUACCCACAGCCCCUCACCUGUCAUCUUGCAGGUCAGAUACUCAGGCUAGAUGAGGAUGUGGAGGGCCUCAGCAAGAGCCUGGGGCCCCCAGUCUGUGUCCAAAUACAAAGGAAUGGAAGAGGGCUACCUUCGGCUCCUGUGCCCUGCCAGGGAAGCCUGAGGCUCAAACACACCAGACUUUCUGGCUUUCUGGGUCUUUUAUUUGUACCUGUAUGUCUCUAUCAUUCCAUGAGUGGACCUGGUGAAUCAACUGAACCUCAUUGAACAUCUCAUGCAGUGAAGGGAGGGGGUAAGGAAAGAAAUAAAUAAGUGAUUCUGAUGUCUGGGUCACCCCUAACCCUCCUUACUGGCACAGUUGGGUGGUAGGGAGGGAGGUAUGAUUGUCCUGGUGGCUCAGGGCUGCAGGAAAUUGCGGGAAAGGAAGGGAAGGCCAGGCUGGAGGCUGGGCU